CAGACCUCAGAGCCUAGUGCGAGAGAUAGACAUAGUCAUUCACUCCAGCUUCAUGGGCAAACAUCUGUGAGAGCACCAGGAGUUGUGGGGAUGGCACACCUGCUAGGCGGCCAGGCCUGCAUGGACAGCCUGCGCAAGGACCUCACGGACCUACAGGGCACCAUUGUGGAUGUGUUCUCCCGCGCUGGGCCUGUGCGCUUCCCAUCCUGGAAGUUCCCUGACCGUGUGGCCUGUGACCUUGACAUGGUGGCCCUUCUGGAGCACUAUGACCACGUGCCAGGUGACCCUGAGUUCACGCAGUUGUCCCAUGCUGUGCUGCUGGAGCUGGUCAUUGACAGGCUCCUGCUGCUGCUUCAGAGCUGUGCCAGCUACCUGGAAAACCUCAGUCUGGAUCAGAUGAUGCCUCCUGCCCGAGUUGCAGGGCCAUGCAUGUCUGUGGGGCUCACAGUGCGGCGCUUCUGGAACAACCUGCUGAGGCUGGGCAUGCUGUACCAGCAGGCAGUGCCCCAGAAAAGAGCAAACCAAGGGGAGAUUCCCAUCGGCAAGCCCACAGCUAAGGGUGAACCAUCCAGGAGCCCCGAAUGCAUGACUGCCAAGUUCAUCAAGCCUCCUUCCCCAGUGCCAGGCUUGCCCUUGAUCUGCCAAGGGCUGCAGAGCAUCCCUGUCAGAGUCUCCUUGCGGGGUCCAGCUGGGACCACCGAGAAAACCAAGAGCGUCCACUCCCAGACCAUCGAGACAGCCUUGGUGCCCUGUGAUGCUUGCACCAGUGUCCAGGGCAGCUUGUGGGAGGUGGGCAAGGUGGUCAUCGGCCUGUGUCAGAGCCAGAACUUGCCUUCAUCCUUGGGCCAGUUCCAGAAGCUGGUGCAGGACAGCAUGGGGCGCAAACCACUGCCAGCUGCCACCAUGGGCCACUGGGCAGCAGAACAGAGUAAAGACCUGACUCGUCUCAAUAAGCAUGUGGGAGCCCUCACCCAACUUAUCGGGCCCCUCAGGGCCCAGCUGGAAGAGGCUGAGGGCCAGAAGGACGGGCUACGGAAGCAAGUGGGCAAACUGGAGCAGGCUCUGCAGCAGGAGAGAGGAGAAUGGCAGCGGCAGACAGAGGAGGCUGAGCGGAGCCUGGCCGAGUGCGAGCGUGACAGGCAACAGCUAAUCGCAGAAACGUGUGACCUAAAGGCAAAGGUGACCAAUCUGGAGGGAGACCUGAAGCAGCAGCAGAAGUCCAUGCAGGCCAUGGUGGCAAAGACGCAGCAGCUGGAGGAGGAGGGUGAGCGGAGGGCAGCAGCUGAGAAGCAAGUGCAGCAGCUGGAGGAGCAAGUGCAGCUGCUGGCAGGGCGGCUGGAUGGGGCUGGGCAGCAGAUCCGCUGGGCCAGCACAGAGCUGGACAAAGAGAAGGCCCGAGUCGACAGCAUGGUCCGUCAUCAGGAGUCCCUGCAGGCCAAGCAGAGGACUCUGCUCCAGCAGCUGGACAGUCUGGACCAGGAGCGGGAAGAGCUGCGGGGAAGUCUGGAUGAGGCUGAGGCCCAGCGAACUGAGUUGGAGGAGCAGCUGCAGAGCCUCCAGAGCGACAGGGAACAGGGACAGUGCCAGCUACAGGCACAGCAGGAACUACUGCAGAGCCUGCAGCGGGAGAAACAGGAGCUGGAGCAGGUAACUACAGACCUGCAGCUGACCGUCUCGGAGCUGCAACGGGAGCUAGAGGAACUAAAGGAGCGGGAGCGACUGCUGGUGGCCUUCCCAGACCUGCACCAGCCCACAGAGGCCCAGAUCCAAAACUCCGGCAAUGUCACCCAUGACAUGGAGAGGCAACUGCAAGCCAAUGGUAUCCGUAUCCAGAUCCUACAGGAAGAGAACAGGCGGCUCCAAUCAAUGCUGACCAAAAUCCGAGAAGUGGCCCAACAGGGAAGCCUCAAAAUGAUCCCACAGGGCCAGCUCUGGUCCCCUCCCUACAAGGACACCCAGGGAGAGGUACCCCCAGCCCAAGCACAGAAUACAUCUCCAGGGCCCAUGGGCAGACGGCAGUCUCCUGGCAGCAGGACGAGCAGCACAGGCAGGACCCACCCAGGAGGGUCCCGAGCAUCCCCCUCUAGGCAGCCCUGCAACUGGCCCAGCAAGUCCUCUUUGGAGGACAGAACCCACUCAGCCACUUGCACCCAGAACCCCAUCCGAGCCCUGGCCAGGCUCAGGAGGAAACUCUCACCGAACCGAGGUCAGGCUGGCUCUACAUACCAACCCCAGGGACGACCCACCUAACCUGAAGCAGGGGUAGGGCUGGAGGGCAGGCGGCUAGCAACCCCCAUGGAAUAAAAGCCCCAGCCAUCUGCCCACAGUGAUCUUGGCCUCAGCGUGGCUGAGCUGGGGGGAACAGACCUUUCCUCCUUGUUGGACAAAGGCCUCUGUGAUCCCACCAGGCAGGUCACUGGCCCAUAGAGGCCUGCCAUUGAGUGUGAACUUUUUGUCUCCAUCCUGAUGGGCACUGUGGGGAGAGUAUGCAGAGGGGUCACUAAGCAGCACUCAGGGUAGGGCUCGGGAUGUAUGGGCACAUCUGGAACAAGGAACCAGACACCAGGACUUUGCCUCUGGCCCAUCAAGGGAGGCAGGGAACAGCAGUGCCGUCACCUUCCACCUUGGUUGGCUCUGCAGCUCACCAAGGAGCUCACUGCCUUUAGGGACAACUGAGAGGUCAGAGCCUCACAAACCACCAAAGGGAAGACCAGGCCUUUGGACACCUUAGCCAACCAUGGUUUGAUGAGCUCAGGAUGACACAAGCCUGAGCAAGGCUGGACCAACCAUCCUAUGACACAGUGGUCAUUUCUCUAGAGCGGGCUCAUCAGCCUGCCUCAAGUCACAGGACUUCUCAGGUCACUCUCCAAGCAUUCUGGGCGGCAUUAUUUAUUUUGUGGUGGGGAGGCCGUCAGGUCGACUGCCUUAGUUUGCAGUGAAGGGUCAAUGGGAGCCGCAUGCGCAGUAAGCUGGCAUUGUCAGGUCUCUUGACUCUAACAGCCCAGGGUGUCUGGAGGAGACUGGAUGCUCUGAGCCACUAUACUGGGGAGAGGCCGUUAUGCUGUGCGUUCCAGGCCUCCGCUGACUCAACAUCCAUUUCUUAGCUCCCACUUCUACCAGUUGGUAAGCCAGACCCUUCCCAAACAGGAGGACUGAGAGUUUGAGGCUAGUUAAUGCUAUAUAGGGAGGACCUGACUCAGACAGACAGACAGACAGACAGACAGACAGACAGACAGACAAGAGAACAACAAGAAACAAGCAAAAAGUCCAGAAGUCCAGGUUGUUUGUGUCUCCUUUAGAUGGCUCUGCGGAAGAGUCCUUACAAGCUCUGGCUGGGGCAGAGCUUGAUCCUUAGGCUUAGGCUGUGGAGCUGAGGUCCCCAUAGCCAUGCUGCUCUUGCCUGGCCUCUUAUUUGCACCACCCAUCUUGAAGAAGGCAGCAGAGCCAAGUGUGGUGGUGCUUGCCUGUAAUCCCAGCACUCAGGAGGCAGAGGCAGGCGGAUCUCUGAGUUUGAGGCCAGCCUGGUCUACAUAGCAAGCAAGCUUCAGGACAGCAAAGGGUACAUCUAGACCCUGUUGAGAGAGCGUGCACAGCAGAGAAUGUGUCUCCCACACGGAUUCCCCUCGGUCUCUGACUUGCUCCUGCUUUCCUUGGACGCGUGCUGACCAGAAGCUUUUCUCAUUUUCUCGUUCCUGUUAGUGUUGGGAACUGGAUUCCGGACCUUGUGCUCUACCAGUGCCCUCGCCUGAAGGUCU